AAACAUAAUUUUACUUUCGUUAACACAAGAACUAAAUUUUAGUUUUCCCAAAAAAUACAAAAUAAUGCUGCGUCGGGCUCGUUAUGUAAAACCUAAGAGAUGUCCAUAUCAGUUGGGAAUGUUUUUGCAGCGGCGUCUUGCGCAUCAAAUGCCUGAGAAACUCAAAAGUGUGGAGACCGAUGCAGAUCCAGAAUUUUCUAGCAUGGUCUUAUACUAUUAUCAUAACGCAGCGCAGCUUAUGGAACCUGAGUUGAAUAAGAAUUUGGAAAAACAUGUUCAUCUAACGCCGGAGCAAAGACAAUCGCGUGUUAGUGCAAUUUUAAAUUUAAUUGGCAGUGUCACCACCUCACUGGAGGUUAGUUUCCCUAUUAUAAGAAAGGAUGGCUCAUAUGAGAUCAUCACUGGCUAUCGAGCACAUCAUGUGAGAAAUCGUUUGCCUCUCAAGGGCGGCAUUCGUUAUGCCAUGGAUGUGGAUGAGUCAGAGGUGAAAGCAUUAGCCGCGAUUAUGACCUUCAAGUGUGCGUGUGUCAAUUUGCCUUUUGGUGGCUCCAAGGGCGGCGUACGCAUCGAUCCCAAGAAAUAUUCUGUAGCAGAAUUGCAAACGAUAACACGUCGCUAUACUAUGGAGCUGCUGAAGCGUAAUAUGAUUGGUCCUGCCAUCGAUGUGCCUGCGCCAGAUGUUAACACUGGUCCACGCGAGAUGAGCUGGCUGGUGGAUCAGUACAGCAAAACGUUUGGCUACAAGGAUAUCAACGCUUUGGCCAUUGUCACGGGCAAGCCCGUGCAUGUGGGCGGCAUUAAUGGACGCACUUCAGCCACAGGGCGUGGAGUGUGGAAAGCAGGUGAUUUAUUUUUGCGCGAUGAGCAAUGGAUGGGUGCGCUUAACUGGCAAACAGGCUGGAAGGACAAAAAGGCUAUAGUGCAAGGCUUUGGCAAUGUGGGCUCCUAUGCUGCCAAGUAUGUGCAUAAAGCGGGCGCUAAGGUCAUAGGCAUACAAGAGAGGGAUGUCUCACUAACCAAUGCAGAUGGCAUUGAUAUUAAAGAACUGUUUAAAUAUUUUGCGGAGAAGCAAACAAUUAAGGGUUUUCCCAAGGCACAGGAGACCACAGAGAAUCUGCUGACUGCAGAGUGUGACAUUCUAAUGCCUUGUGCUACCCAGAAGGUUAUAACAAGUGAGAAUGCCAAGGACGUUAAGGCUAAGCUUAUAUUAGAAGGCGCCAAUGGACCUACAACACCAGCUGGUGAAAAGAUAUUAAUAGACAAAGGCGUUCUAAUAGUGCCCGAUCUGUAUUGCAAUGCUGGCGGCGUCACUGUGUCCUACUUUGAAUAUUUAAAGAACAUUAAUCAUGUGUCCUUUGGCAAGAUGCACUCAGGCACAACCUCACAGCUUAUUACAGAAGUGCUCAACUCUAUAAAUACAUCGCUUAGAGCUGAAGGUGGCGAAAAGUUUCCGGAGGUAAAAGCAAAUGAAGAAUUGAGAAAGCUGCGAGAUUGCAGCACUGAGGCAGAUAUUGUGGAUGCUGCGCUGCAGACUGUGAUGGAAUUUUCGGCCCAAGGCAUUAAGCAGACUGCGCUGCGUUUUAAUAUCUGCAACGAUUUGCGCAAAGCAGCCUAUAUCUAUACCAUCUUUAAGAUAUUUAAUACACUAGAAAGCGCUGGCAUAUCGCAGCAGUAAAUUGUAUAGUAGGCUUAGUUAAGUUAGCUUGUAAUAUAAUUUAGUUGCUCUAAUAUAAGCACAGCGCACAGAGCUUAAAGCUACACACACGAUUUAUUUUAU